CAGGGCUCCAGGAGGGCCGAGGUCGCGGGAGGCCGGGGCUCCGAGAAGCCUGCGGCGCUGCCAGAACGCAGGGAGAGGCCGCCGCCAUGCCGGGGGAAGGCGGCCGGCGGCGGGCAGCGGGGUGGCGCGCCGUGCUGCAGGGUGAGACACAAGAAGUAAUAUCUAUUUCUGCAGCAAGAGAACAAACAGCUGAAUACUCAGAUGACUUUGAGAGUGAAGAAGAUGGUAUUGAGGAAGAACUAAAUGAAAAUAAUUCAGGUACUGAAAGCCCUAAAAAAUCAGUUGCUGUUGAGAAUCCUCUCUCAGAUGAUGAUCCUUCGCAAAAAGCAGAUUUGGAAAACGAAGCUGCUGAUGACUUGACUUUAAGCUUUCAUGAAAAGAAGCUUCAACAAAUAACGCUUUUAGAAAGUGAAAACAUACAGGAUGACAGAAAAGGCAGGGAAGAAGAUUGUUUGGAAAGUCAAAGUGAGGGUGAUGACAGAAGAAGAAAGGAAGAGAGUUCAGCUGCUGAAGAUGUACCAUUUGAUGGUCAUGAAUACGACCACUGUAAUGACUUGCCUAUCCUUGAACUACAGAAAAAAAAAAAUCAAGAGGAAAAGAAACCAUUACCAAAGCCACGAGUGCAGAAAAUAAGAAAUGCUUCAGCAUCAGGUCAAGAUCAGAAGAUCAGCACCAAUGACUUGAAACCUGAGGACAAUAGAAAAUCUCCUUCUGUUGUAAUGAUGACCACAGUAUAUGAGAAGACAAAGAAAUUGCAGAAGUCAGUGGAUGACAGUUCAGAUGAAACAGUGAAAACAGCCGAAGGGCAAAUAGUAACUGAUAGGAUGCAGGAGGUAUCUGUGAAUGAUCAGUCUGAGCAUGGGGAGGGAAAGGACUCUGUCAAGAAACUAAAUGAAACAAAGGAGAAACUUCUACAAAACCCCAAAGCUGCUUUAUCUGACAGGGCUCUGUCUUCUGCACACUCAAAGGAAAAGGCGAAAGCAGUUCCAUCAGCUACACCUGUUUCAUCUCAAUAUCUGGGAACGCUAAAGGUGUUGGAGGACAAACACGUGCAGAAGAGCAGUACAGAAUUUGGCAAAGCAGACAGUUUACGAGCAGCUGUUUUCCAGAAUUGGUUGAAAAAGAAAAAGGGCGUUUUACUGGAAUUAAAAAGAAUUGAAAAGGAGAAAGCUGAAAGUCUAAGGAACAAUACUGAAGAGAAGGAAGCUGUUAAAAGAGAGGAAGCAAUUGCAUCUUUUGAAGCUUGGAAAAAAAAGAAAGGAAGAGAAGCAAAGAAGCUAAGUGAAAGAAAGAAGCUUGAGGAGAUUCAGAGAAAUAAAGAAGCAGAGCAGAAUGAGGAGAAAAUAGAAGCAGCACAGAAGGCAUUCGAAAAAUGGAAAGAAAGAAAAGUGGAAUAUUUAAGAGAGCAAUGCAGAAAGGAAAAGCAGUCUGAAAGAAUCCAGAAGAAGAAAGAAGAGGAACUGGUUGCAGAGAAGAAGAGAGACAGCGUGUCAGCAGUUGAAAAAUGGAAUGAAAAAAAGAAAAAAUAUAUCAAACAGAAGAAAGCAGAAAAAAUCCUAGAGAGAAGAAAGCAAGAAAUACAACAGGCAAAGAAAGAAGAAAAAAAUAAAAGGGCUGUGGAGGAAUAUGAAAGAUGGCUGGAAAAGAAGGAGAGGAGAGAGCAGCUUGAGAAGAAGCAAAAGAAGUUGCAGGCUGUCCAUGGGGAUGAAGCACCUUCUCCCUGGAGUCCACCUGGCAAAGUCACAUAUUCAAGGAAUUAUUGAGCAGCCCAUUGCCUUCUGUGAAAAAAGAUGAUCCACAAAGUUCUGACAGUGGCUAGUCAUUAUUUCAAUAACAGCUAAUUUUCAUUAGAUCGUUAUAA